AUUUCGAAAACCCUUGGUAAGAUAAGAAAUCACGUGGCUGCUGAAAUUAUGUAUAUAAAAACAGCUUUUUUGAUGGCGUUAGGGGUGGCCAUAAUCCGAGCACAAACGGAACCAGCGCCUACCGAUAAAGGAGAAAUAAUUGAAUCGUGUGAUAAGGACGUUUUCUUGGAUGUCCUCAUUAUGCUUGACCACUCGCAAAGCAUUUCCAAGGAAAACAUCGUUAUUGUUCGCGAUGCCAUGAAAGCAUUGGUGGAACAAUUCGUCAACGUCGGAAACAGUAAUAGAACGGUCAAAGUUGCUCUUAUAACAUAUAACAAGAACGUGACGACUGAACUACUGUUUAACCAAUCAGCGUCCAGCACAAAAGCAGGGACAUUGGCCGCUAUUGAAAACAUGUCUAUGAUUCGCCAAAGAAGAUCACGUGUAGAUCUCGCGUUUGAUUAUGCAAAUGAGGUUGUAUUCACUCCAGGUGGAGGUGACCGACCAUUGGCCCAGAAUGUACUUAUUCAUGUAACAGAUGGUCGAAUUCUGAAGGCUAAAAUCCAAGCAAAAACAUUAAAAGCUGGAGGUGCACUAAACGCAAGAGAGGACAAAGUGAACGUGGUUCUACUAUACAUUCCAAGUACUCUGCCCACAUCAGAUGAUGAUAAACCUAAACUGGACAAUGAUAGACCGAGGGUAAUCGAAAGGAAAAUCCCGGAUGAACCGAAAGAUAGACAUUUCAGAUCAUUUAAAGACAUAAAUAAUAUGUUGCCGUCGAUUCCUGAUAUUGCGAGAAGAAUAUGUGCAAUGACACGUUAGUAAUUUGAAUCAUGGAGUUGAAAUUAUAUUUGAAAUCUGAAAUCAAAUAUCUAAAUAUAAUAAUUUACAAUCAUGGCAUCGUGCUUUUCAUUUAGAUGCUUACAUAGUUUCACUGUGUGCAUGUAAUUUUAUGCCGAUAUAAGUCUAUUAGGAGAGACGCAUCACACGUUAUGUCAGUUUGACAGUCCUUACGUCCAAAAUAUGAAUCCUUCUCUUUUAUAUGGAUUGCUUUAAAGAUCGCUGAGGUUUGCUCAAACUGACAAACAAUUAUAUUCGAUGUCGUAAAAUAUAACAUUUUCAUUUCGAAAUUAAAAUGGUGAACAUCGAAUGGACCGUUUUGCUCCAUUGUAUAUACAUUGAUCUGGCCUCCCCUACAAGUCUACGAAUUCCUCUACAACUAAGUAUUUUUUAUGCAUAAAGACAACGCCCAUACACUUUUAGCAUUAUUAAUAUCAUUAUAAUUCUGUUGUUAUAAUGCAUAGGUAUGUCUGCUUAACACUACAAUGUGAGUUAAUAUGAAACUAUCAUUGUAAAAUAAAC